GUAAACACCAACUGUGCUCUUCGGCUUAGCCUCUGACUUGAUUUGUGAGCUAGAUUAGUUAGCUGGUAGAAUAUCAGAUGGUUGCUAAGAUCAACUAAAAUGUUCCGUUAGCGCAUAAGAUUUAAAACGCAAAAUGCGAUGCUAUCUUCAGGCAUUUCUCCUGUGCAUGGUGUUCACCUUCUUUUCACUGUUGUAUGUGUUCAAUCAACUAGCCUCCACCUUGGAGGACGGAGACGAUUGGGGCCUGAAAGAACAGGUGAUACCCGAUAAGGGCAGUCAUGACACCGGGCGCCUUCUCAGGAAAAGGCCAGGACUGGCAGGCCUUCGAGACCGCGAAGGGCUUGACAGGUGUAAAUCACUGGCAGUUUCUUACUGGGAUCCAUAUUGGAGACUGCCUGCUGAUGUUUGUGGAGUGAACUGCUUUUUGGAAUCAUCUCUUAGAGAGAGGUCAAGCUCUGCAGUCAAGGAACAUAGUGAUUGGAGAAGUCACCUGGCUGUGGUGGCAUGUGGCCCCCGGCUAGAGGAGACUCUCACCAUGUUGAAGUCUGCUGUUCUCCUCAGCAAAAAGCCUCUGCACUUUUACAUCUUUGCCGAGGAUGAUCUACAUGACAGCUUCAGAAGUGCUCUGGACUCCUGGCCAAGGACAGUUCAGACCAAGUUUAACUUCACCCUCUACCCCAUCACUUUUCCCAAGGAGAAUGUGAAGGAGUGGAAGAAGCUCUUCAAACCUUGUGCCUCUCAGAGGCUCUUCCUGCCACUGAUCUUGAAGGAAGUGGAUUCUUUGCUCUAUGUGGACACAGAUAUCCUUUUUCUGCAGCCUGUAGAGGACAUCUGGGCCCUCCUUUCUCAUUUCAAUUCUAGUCAGUUAGCUGCCAUGGCUCCAGAGCAUGAGGAGCCACGCAUCGGCUGGUACAACCGUUUUGCCCGCCACCCUUACUAUGGCAAGACCGGUAUCAACUCAGGGGUCAUGCUCAUGAACAUGACACGCCUCAGGGAGAAAUUUUUUAAGAAUGACAUGACACGAGUUGCACUGCGGUGGGAAGAAAUUCUGAUGCCUCUUCUCCAGAAGUAUAAGCUCAAUAUCACCUGGGGUGACCAGGACCUUCUUAAUAUCAUAUUUCACCAUAAUCCAGAAAGCCUGUAUGUGUUCCCCUGCCAGUGGAACUACCGUCCAGACCACUGUAUCUAUGGCAGCAACUGUCAACAGGCUGAACAAGAAGGUGUCUUCAUUCUCCAUGGUAAUAGGGGCGUUUACCACGAUGACAAGCAGCCAGCAUUUCGAGCCGUCUACAAGGCCAUCCAAAAGUACCCGUUCGGCGAGAACAUGGAGACCUCACUGCUUCGGCCGCUGGAGGCGUCACUACAGACCACCACAAAUACCUACUGUGGAAGAGCCAGUCACCUGUUUACCAAGAAGCUAAAGCAGAGCAUCAUGUCUGUUCAACAAGAAGCCACACAGAGAAGAUGAUUAGGACAGCACUCUAAUAUCAUUCCAUGAUUACUGUCUGAUUGGUGACUUGGAUUUAAGACACUCCUGUGGAGACAAUGAGCUGGAUGACGAACAGACUCUGGUCAACAUUGAACCAUCGUCUGUUUACAAACUGCAUAUCAAGGCUGUGGAAAUGGGGAGCAGAAAUCUGUGGAACAGGUUAUAUUUUUUAUUUUUAAGUGAAGCCAAUGUUUGUACAUAUCUGUCCAAUGAACACACAACUGGGUCACAAAUGUUGCACUGAAUCCACUUUGCCCUGUAGAGAUUUUAGAUUUCAUAGCUGACAAGAAGGACACUCCAGACAAUCAGGUUGUAUUAUUCUUAGUAAUGAGAAGGAACCUGCAAUUGUUUUGUACAAUUCUCUAAGGUUUUUUGGGAAAAAGAAAUGCAGCAGGGUACUUCAAUACACUCUUCUUAUUGAGAGUAUUUUAUUAUAGCUGUUUUAAUAAUAACUUUUACUAGUGUUUUUGUCACUGCAGUAUAUUAUGGAGAAGGGUUGCUAUUAUCAGGUACUUGUUAGUUAUACAGGAAUUAUCCAUGUUUUAUUGAACAAAACAAAUGCUCAUUAAGAUAAAUCUGAUCAGUAUUUAUUCUUGUCGGACAGGACGCACUUUUGACAUUUACCUUUAUGUGACAUGAUCAUUUCAUGUGUGCUGGCGGCAGAGGUUUCAAAGCAUUGUUUACUGUACGUUUACUGUAAGUCAUUUCAUUAACCUCACCAGGACGCUUUCCCACAACUGGAACAAUGUCAUCGGGAGCUGUUCAUUUUCAUAAAAGCCAGCAAACAUCAUGAAAUCUGCCUUGAGACAGGUUUAAAAAAAAAAAAAAGUUUUUCUGAAAUGCCAGCAUAGACAUUCAAAUGUAUAUCUAAUGAGUGGGAAAUAAAUAUUUUAUUAAAAAGCGUUUCUAAUGAUGCAGUUUGUAGUUUCUCUAGCAUACGUGGGCUUGAGAUCAGGUUGAUCUCAGUCAUAUUAUUUUAAAUGCAACAGCUGUAAAGUAUAUGAUACGGUUUAGAAUUUCCUUUUGGCGCCUUCAAAGUAAAUGUACAAUAUUUUGAGCUGAAUAUAUACUUUAUACUCCAAGAACCCAUACAAGUAUUGACAAAAAAUGAAGGAAUACAACAAUGAAGUGUUUGUGAUAAAGGCAAAUUAAUUUUGGCGUAAUGAAAUUCUGUUAUAAGGUUUGCUUUGGAAUGUUUGUUUCUCAGUUUCUUAUAUUUUAUUUUCUGUUCUUUUGGAGUCUUUUCCAUCAGCCAUCAUAACCACUUUGCAUAAACGGCACUUGUUGCCCACUCAUUCCACAUAAAGACCGAGCAUGAGCUAGAAGGCAGCAGCAAGCUGAAAAUAAGAAAUUAAUGUGUGAGUGUGAAGA